ACACUCUUGCAUCCCAACAGCUCCAAGAGCGUCUUACUUCUUCACCAGUUCUUAACUUCUCGUACCCCAUAGAACCUCCAGCUUCGAUGGCUCCAGCUAUCCGUGAUCCUUCACACGCAGGGUCGUGGUACACUGACGAUAGCGCAACCCUCUCACAGCAGCUCGACGGCUGGCUGUCGAAGGUACCAAGCUUGACAACUCCCAUAGGAUCGGCGUCCUCAAAGCAAGGCGAUGUCUCAAUACCAGUGCAGAAAGCCAGAGCCAUAAUCGCACCGCAUGCUGGAUACUCGUACUCAGGGCCUGCUGCUGCAUGGGCCUACAAAAGCGCCGACUGGGCAAAUGCCAAGCGCGUCUUUCUGCUGGGACCCUCCCAUCACUGGGGUUUGCCGGGUGCCGCAACUACAGGAUGCAGUGAAUAUGGCACACCUCUCGGAAAUCUCACCGUCGAUACAGAGCUCGUGGGAACUAUCCGAAAGGAGUGGAACUUGAAAACAAUGUCCAGGCAGCAGGAUGAAGACGAGCAUAGCUUAGAGAUGCACCUGCCGUACAUCUAUAAGAUGUUGUCAUUACACAACUCGGCCUUCAAGUCGGAUGCCUCAUCCGUACCUCUGGUCCCCAUCCUCGUCGGCGCUACCAACUCAGCCACCGAACGCGAUCUCGGCUCCAAGCUCGCCCACUAUCUCGCCGACCCCACAAACCUCUUCGUCAUAUCCUCAGACUUCUGCCACUGGGGCUCACGCUUUCGGUACACAUACUACCAACUGCCUGACGGUAGCGCCAGAGAGAUCCGAUCGUCCUCAGAAGUCAAGAAAGACUAUCCGAUCCACGAGAGCAUCAAGGCAGUCGAUUUCGAGAGCAUAGACGCAGUCGAGAGCGGAGAGCACAAGCAGUUUCUGAAGCAGCUGCAGGAGACUGGGAACACGGUUUGCGGACGGCAUCCAAUUGGUGUUUUCAUGGCUGCCGUGGAGCAGGCCAGUGGACUGCAGGGCGAUGGCAAAUUUAGGUUCCUACGAUAUGAAAGGAGCAGUGAGGUGGUGAGCGUCAGAGACAGCAGCGUCUCGUACGCCAGCGCGUUUGCUAUACUUUGAGGGUACGACUACGCCAGGGAAUACAAUGCCGGUGAAAGGCAGGGCUACAAGCGGCUUUCAAAUCCGAUUGUAUUCAGAGGUAUACUAGUAGUCGGUACCUUUUUCUAAUCUCGGUUCAAUUGCCUUAUCUGUCAGUCCCAGUUUCGCAUAG